AUGUCCGCCAAUGAGGAGAUUGGGGAGAGUCGUGCACGUAUUGUAUAUAAUGGGAGUGCUUCUAGAAUCAAUGAAAUUGGGCUUCAACUUUAUCCAGUUUCUGAGUAUGACUCUGGAGAAGGCUUACCAUAUGCUCCUGUAGAUUGGCCAAAUGCUGGUGAUAAGUGGGGCUGGCGGGUAGGGAAAAGAGUUACAAGUUCAGGCACCUUUAUAGAUAGAUAUCUGUAUCUUCCGAAGCAUUUAGGUGGAAAGAAAAAUGCUUUUCGAAGUAAGAUUUCAGUUAAAAAGUAUCUCCAGACUGAGUAUCUUGGCAUGGAUAUAAACCAAUUCUUUGCCUCAUUUAGUUGGAUGAUUCCUUCGAAGCAGUCGCCAAGCUCGAAAGAUAUUGAUUUUGACUCAGAUAUGAAAGAGAGGACUACAUCUUCAGGAACAGAAUUGCAGUCUUUACUAUCUGAUUCUCCUAUAAGAGCCAUUACUUGUAAGGCUGGUAACAGAAUCUGUAGCAGUUUAACAUUAGAAAAUCCUUUUCCGGCCAUGCUUUGUGAUAUAUGUUGCAGUGAUCCUGGUUUUUGCCGAGACUGUUGUUGCAUCCUUUGCUGUAAAACUAUCACUUCAGACUAUGAUGUGUACAGUUACAUUCGAUGUGAAGCAACAGUAGAUGGCUACAUAUGUGGACAUAUUUCCCAUCUAGAUUGUGCUCUACGAGCUUACAUGGCUGGGACAGUCGGAGGAAGCAUCAAUUUGGAUGCACAGUAUUUAUGUCGAUAUUGUGAUUCAAGGAUGGAUUUGGUUCCACAUGCUCUGAAGCUUUUAAACAUCUGCACAUCUGUUGCUUCUCGUGCUGACAUUGAAAAGAUUUUGAAUGUUGGCAUUUGUAUUUUGCGUGGCUCGCAAAAAAGAAGUGGAAAAGAGUUGUUGCAUCGUAUUGAAUCAAUCAAGGAAAAGCUUACGAAAGGAGUAUGCAUUCAAGACGCAUUCAAAAAGGAAAGUUGUGUGGAUAGCACUGGUAACUUCUCUGCCUUCUCAUCAUCUUGUUUGUGUUGA